AGAGCGCCAGCGGAGGCAGAGGCGGGGACCGCACGAGUGUGGCGAGGCGACGGGCGCCCGGGCUGGCGGAGACCUGCGGCCCCACGCCGAGCCAGGCGGGGCGAGUGGGAGGACCCAUUGAAGAGCCCGAGGAAGGGGCGAGGCUAGCGGGCGGCGGGAGCGGAGGGGUCGCCAGUCCCGGUCGUUGUCGCGGGCGGGCGCUGGAGGCAGGGGACGCCGGCGCGCGGGCAGUGUGGACCGACUGACUUACUGACCGACCGACGGAGGCACACCCCGCUCCACCCCACCCCACCCCACCCCACCCAGCCUCGCCCGCAUCCCCGCGCCGGCGCCGCCUCCCUCGGCCACCCCUUCCUUCUGCACUUCUUUUCCGCCUCCGCCUCUUCUUGGCUCCCGCGGCGCCAGUGCCUUCCCCUGGCCCGGGCGGGGCGCCUCGGCUCCCGGCAGAGCUCCGUGGAGUCGGGCGGAACGUUCCGUUCUAGCAGAGAAGCAGCCCCAGCGUUGGGCGAGAGGUGCCGAGGGAGCUUCUCCCCGAGGACCGGGGGAUGCGAAGGGAUUCCCUGCUGCGGGUCUCCUCCUCAGUCAUUUUGAGUUUGGCCUAAUCCAAGACGGAGGUUAUGAAGUCUAUCCUAGAUGGCCUUGCCGAUACCACCUUCCGCACCAUCACAACAGACCUCCUCUACGUGGGCUCCAAUGACAUUCAGUACGAAGAUAUCAAAGGUGACAUGGCAUCCAAAUUAGGGUACUUCCCACAGAAAUUUCCUUUAACUUCCUUUAGGGGAAGUCCCUUCCAAGAAAAGAUGACUGCAGGAGACAACUCCCAGUUAGUCCCGGCAGACCAGGUGAACAUCACCGAAUUUUACAACAAGUCCCUUUCAUCCUACAAGGAGAAUGAGGAGAACAUCCAGUGUGGGGAGAACUUCAUGGACAUGGAGUGCUUCAUGAUUCUGAACCCCAGCCAGCAGCUGGCCAUCGCCGUCUUGUCCCUCACACUGGGCACCUUUACGGUUCUGGAGAACCUGCUGGUGCUGUGUGUCAUCCUUCACUCCCGCAGCCUUCGCUGCCGGCCCUCUUACCACUUCAUCGGCAGCCUGGCAGUGGCCGACCUCCUGGGCAGCGUCAUUUUUGUCUACAGCUUUGUUGACUUCCACGUGUUCCACCGCAAAGAUAGCCCCAAUGUGUUUCUUUUCAAACUCGGCGGGGUCACCGCCUCCUUCACGGCCUCAGUAGGCAGCCUGUUCCUCACGGCCAUUGACAGGUACAUAUCUAUUCACAGGCCCCUGGCUUAUAAGAGGAUUGUCACCAGGCCCAAGGCCGUGGUGGCAUUUUGCCUGAUGUGGACCAUAGCAAUUGUGAUUGCUGUGCUGCCUCUCCUGGGCUGGAACUGCAAGAAGCUGCAGUCUGUUUGCUCAGACAUUUUCCCGCUCAUUGAUGAAACCUACCUGAUGUUCUGGAUCGGGGUCACCAGUGUGCUGCUGCUGUUUAUCGUGUACGCAUACAUGUAUAUUCUCUGGAAGGCUCACAGCCACGCGGUCCGCAUGAUUCAGCGCGGCACCCAGAAGAGCAUCAUCAUCCACACGUCAGAGGACGGCAAGGUGCAGGUGACACGGCCCGACCAAGCCCGCAUGGACAUCAGGCUGGCCAAGACCCUGGUUCUGAUCCUUGUGGUUUUAAUCAUCUGCUGGGGCCCUCUGCUUGCGAUUAUGGUGUAUGAUGUCUUUGGGAAGAUGAACAAGCUCAUUAAGACGGUGUUUGCCUUCUGCAGUAUGCUGUGCCUGUUGAAUUCCACCGUGAACCCCAUCAUCUACGCUCUGAGGAGCAAGGACCUGAGACAUGCUUUCCGGAGUAUGUUCCCCUCGUGUGAAGGCACCGCACAGCCUCUUGAUAACAGCAUGGGGGACUCGGACUGCCUGCACAAGCACGCCAACAACACAGCCAGUGUUCACAGGGCCGCGGAGAGCUGCAUCAAGAGCACGGUCAAGAUUGCCAAGGUGACCAUGUCUGUGUCCACAGACACGUCUGCCGAGGCUCUGUGAGCCUGACGCCUUCCUGGCAGCCCAGGAAAAGAAGUUCAUUUUUUUUUAAAGCUUAAAAUCUAGAAAAGUCUGUCGUCUCAUCGGUUAUAUUUUUUUAAGUUUACCAUGCUCAGUGAAAGGUGAUUGUCACCAGGAUCAGUUAUCAGUUCUCUAGCAUUUCAAUAGCAUAGGUACUGAAACUCAGUUCUUCAGGAGUUUACAGUGAAGAAAGCCUGCUGCUUAUGUGACUGAAGCUUCUUCAGAGUCUCAGUGAAACGGGAGAGAAACCUGUGGCUACACAGUUUGAAGUCUAAGUAACCACAGGGAAACACCGUCAAAUGAGUAAUGCCUUUGUAACCACAACUUUCAUUAUAAUGUGAAAUGUAUUUGUCCAUAAGUAUCAGAGAUGUCCAUUUUUACAAGUUACAGAGUACUAAAGUAGAGCUAUUUUGUAAAAAUGUAUUGUGUCAUGUGAGAUGUGUAUCCGUGUUUACUGUGUGUUAUUUAUAUUUGUCUAGUUCAGCAAAACUGAAAGGUAAACUUUCAUGAGAACAGUGGAACACAAGCAGCAGAUACGUGCCAGUGAGAUCACUUUUUAAAAAAUUAUUGCCCGUGACUUUUAGACACCUUAACAUUUUUUUCCAAUCUAUUCAAAUUUGACAUUGAAAUAACCAUAAAGGUUUAUUUUUUGUUAAUGCAACGGGAAGAAUUUGAAGACUAUCCAGAAUAUUGAGCAGAAUUCAUUGACACUUAAAAAUUUGUUAGCCCUGCAUUUUCAUACGUGGACAUUUAUUAUCUUCUGGACUAUAGCUGUUCUGUUGGGUGAUGGAUUGCAAUCAGAAUGGAAGAGAGAAGGCAUAUUGACUUUUCUGGCUGACAUCUCUGACUUUCUUUAGUCUUUAGCUAUUACUAGACCUCUUAAGACAGCAUGUGUCAAUCUUAAUGUAUAUUGUUAUCACUGUGCAAUUGCUGUUUACUUGAAGGGUACUGCAUUCUUAUAUUCCAGGUUUAAAUAGAUUUCAUGCCUGGGUGGCCAAAUGAGUCUUCAUUUUUUCUUAAUUGAAAAGAAGUAUUGUCUGGAUCAGUAAAAUUAUACCGUGUGUGAGUGUGAAUAUAAAUGUGUGUGUGUGUGUAUCCCGUAACUGUUACAGUAAUGUCGUAAAGUGAGAAAACUGUGACCAAGUGUAAACCGUAUCACUCGCUGCAUUCUUGCACAUGAAGUCAGUUUCUAAAAUUGAGUUCUUCCAGAAACCUUGUUGAUAAAAAUACUCACCAUAAACGUUCAGGAAAUUCUCCUCCCUUCCCCCAACCUUGAGAGAUUGGGUCAAGUGCUACUAAAUUGACCUUUAGAUAGUUCAAAAGACCAGUGUCUGGCAAGGAAUCAUCAAUGACAGAUGCAAGUGAAGGUCUGUAUUUACCAUGUCAGUGUUGGGAAAUGAGUGUCUUGGUUGCUGAGCACCUAAUGUCAACCAAGUCCACGGAUCAUCAGAAGGGAAGUGGUUCUAAAUAAAGCCCCCGUGGUAACAUUUUUCCGUUGAGUGUGUAGUGAUAUGACCCUGUUUAACUAGCACUGUACCCCUCUUGCUGAAGUAGGACACCAGGUCUGGUCCAUGUGGCGAAGGAGACCAGUCAGACAGUGGGCAAGACAGAGAAAGACAGUGAGGAGCCGACACGCUUGUGACUGAGGCUUGGAUGACAUGUGACUCUUUCUAUGCUUCAUCCAGAUGCCCUUGGUGACAACCCCGGACCCAGCUUUGACUGGGUAGGUUUGGGCUAAGGAAUAGACCUCUCCCCUGCUCCUCGUUAGCAAGAUCUCCUGGAGUAUAAAGAUGAGCAUGGCUUGCUGUCUUUUUAUGCCCCAGUCUCAUAUUCUUUAAUGGUGCCAUGGGUGCUCAGAAUUAGGCCCUUCCCCAGUUAGCAUUAAUAUUGCUUCAGAGGCCACUUGACCCUGACAAAUUACUUAUAAGCAGUCUCCUCCUUAAACAGAUAAAGCGUGGCUCCUUGAAGGACCCAGAGGCCUGGGUAGCAUGGAUUGAAGUGGAGAGGUAGCAUUCAUCGGGUGAUUUCUAGCUCUCUAGAUAGAUGAGCAGCCUACCGGGGCAAUCUUUUGUGCAGUGUAUGGCCUACAGCUGAAUGUGGACUGUGGGCCAAACUGGGAUGCAUUUAACCAUCUGUCUAUAUGGCUCAAAUGUGCCUGUUGGUUGCUUCACUUUACCUCUCUGUGAUAUGCGGGGGAGGGCUCAGGGUGCUGGAGGAUGAAUAAGGUCUCUUUAGAAGAAAGAGAAAAGAUUAUUUACAAACACUCACCAGGGUCUGGUUCCACUGAAGAAUCGCUACUCGUUUGUCCGCAUUAUCCUUAAUAUUAAUCCAUGUGUCUCAGAGCUCACCAGGCAGGACCAACUUUCCUCUCACAGCUACGAAGGCCUGGUGAAGAUGAAAUUCUUGUUACUUGUGAAAAAUUCCAGGAUUCAUUUUCGAAACUGUAUUUGUGUAUACGCGAUGUAGAUUUUAUAGUGUGCUGUGCUUUCAAGAUAUAAAUCAUAUAUAAUAAAUUAAGGGACAAUGGGGCUGACGGCACUAAACUUGGUGCUUAUUGAUAUUCUAAGAAAUAUCUGUGAAAUAUCAUCACAUACGUGUUACACUACCUUCAUUUUAAAACAUUUCAGUUACUUUGAGUCACUUUGACACUUUUAAUAUCAUUUCGUAACCCAAGAGACUCCAAUGUCCUCCCUAAUGAAUAUACUCAUUAAAAUUACCAUUCAUUAGUAUCCCUUAAUUAGGCCCAUUAACUUAAAUAUAAUUUAAAUUUCAAUAAGUUUUAUAAGGUCCAACCUCAGACUUACCUACGUACCUCUGAGGAUAACAUACUUGUCCUGACCAUGCAUUUCACGAUCACAUAUGUCUUAAAAAGGGCCAAAUUCCCAACCUGUUCAAUUUCUUCAGAGUAAUGAUGGAUCUUUCAGCCCUAGGCCAAUAGUUUCAUUUAGAUAAGGAGGGCUGUUUCCAAGAACCUCUAAUUUUCCAUUACCUAUGAAAUUUAUAUAAAAGAAACGUGGAUCUGGGAGGAGCUGCAGACAUAUGCCUACACUUGAGAUGAUUCCCACACCUUCCCGUCAUGUUGAGUCAGGUCUAACUGGCAUUAAGUGUCAAGGAAUUUGGGCUGCCUGAACCCACACUGCAGGGAAUAGGUCCAACCAGCAGAUGAGAAUUAGGCCCUGGAUGAGUAGCACUCUAAUUACUGUCCUGUUGAUUCAUUUUUGCCAUUCCACAUCUGUAAAAGAGACCACCAAUAUCAUGCGCAGAAUUAGAUUUCUCACAAUCUAACUGUAUAUUUGUAUGAUAUUUUAAAAUCUCCUAAAUGCUGGGCAAUGGCUAUUAACAAUUGUCUUGCAUUGGCCUUCUGAUGAAAUGUUAACAAUGCCUAUUGUAAUAUAGACAAAACAUUUUAUCUACUGAUUUGGGCUGAAUGUAUGUAAAUAGGUUUUAAAAAAAGUCAGAUGUUUAAGCAGUGGCCUACAAAUCAGUAAUUUUCAGAUAGAAUAGUUUCUUUACAUUGCUGUGGCAUCCUAAAACCUAUCUUCACAUAAACUUAGUGUACUAGCUUGCUGGGGAUCAGAGUCCCCAAGAACGGAAACUUUUUCUUGUGAUAGUAUGAACCAAGAUACCAGGCUAUCUGGAUUCUUAUUUCCAAUGUUUCAACUGGGAAACAUAACUCUUUAUUGUCUGUAAAUCUAACAUUAUUACUUUUCCUCUUAGAAGAAUAUCGUAUCGUUAGAUGUUUGUUGAGCUGGUAACACCCUUGCAACUGCGGCAAUAUCUUCGUUAGUAAUCUGUAUAAUACUUUGUACACAAGUACUAGUAAGAUUGUUAUUCAAUGUAGCUUCAGUCAUUAAAUUACUAUAGCAAAGUAGUACUUUCGUAAUAUUUACAGUGUAUUAAGCCCACACUAUAUUUUAUUUCAGUGAUAUAAUUAAAUUGUUAUUUAUUCGAAGAGAAAACAUCCCAUCAUGUCUGUUGUCCAAAGUUACGUGGAAUCAAAUAAAAAUUCUAGAUUAUCAUGAAGAACACAAACGCCUUUGAAUUCUGCCUUAUUUCACAGUCUAGCAUUAAAACACUCAGGACUUAAGUUCUAAAAGAUUGCUGAACAACUGAUUUGUUCCCAAAAAGCACUCAUGAUUUUAUCUGAGAAAUGAGGACAGAUUGGAUUCAUGUAGUCAUUUUUAACAUAGGCAAAA